AUGGCUGAGGUGCAGAGCAAGCUCCACUUAGACCAGGACUAUUCCUGUGAGAUGGUGGGGAGCUGGAAUACCUGGUACGGGGACCAAGCGGGCUACCCCAAAUUGAACAAUAAUCAAGAGUAUCUGGAGUUCCAGAAGGAGAUGAUAAUUGCUCGUCUCACGCAGAACCAGCUUCUCUUAGAGUUCUGUUUCUGGAACGAGCCAUCACCCAGACUGGGACAGAACAUUUUAAAGAUACAUUCAUACAAACUCAAGCCUGGAACAAUGAUCGAAUGAGGGAAUCACUGGGCACGGGCGAUCAAAUACAGACAGGAGAAUGACGAGGCAGUUGGAGGGUUCUUCUCACAGGUAGGAGACCUGUAUGAAGUUCAUCAUCUGUGGGUUUAUAAAGACCUCCAGUCCAGAGAUGAGACCAAAAACUUUCUGCUGAAGGAGGGAUGGGAUUCUAGUGUGUAUUUCACAGCAGACGGAUCAGCAGGGCUCCGUGUGGUAAACCAGGCCAGUUGA